AUGAACCUGGUUGGAGUAGAAAUUGGCAAAAACAAUCAGGAAGUACUUGAUACGAUGCCAACAACCGAUGCUUCACAGAAUGAAGCAGAAAAUAGAGAAAAACAAUGGAAAGAGGAAAAGAAAAAGAAACGAGAAAAAUCGAAAAAUGUUGAUAAGGAAAAUGAAGAUAAUCAUGUUAGCACUAGAAGGCAAUCAAUAGUUGGCGAACAAGAUCGAAACAAAAUAGAACUGAUUGAGGACCAGAAACAAGUAGAAAAACGUAAGAAGCAUCGAAAAUCAAUAACAGAAGUUGGUAAAAAUGACGUACAGUGUGAACCAUUAAAAGCUGAAGAAAAAUAUAUGGAAACCAACACUAUGGAUGAUGACCAAAUUGAAGAAAAGAAAAUCAAAGAAGAAUAUAAGGUUAUGGAACUAAAAUCCGAUUUAAAAUUAAAUAACAGUGAAAAACAAGAUAUUCUUAAUGACCAAUAUAAAACAAAUGAAUAUGAUACUGUUUAUUUAUCACCAAUAAAAGAUCUUGAUCAUGAAGAUGAUAAUAAUAAUAUUUUUUCUACUGAAUUAUUAUCAAAAUAUAUUUGUAAACAAGGUGAAACAUUGAAAUUAGCUGUUGAAUUAAAAAAUAAUGUAUUUGUUAAAUAUUUUGAAUGGUUAAUAAAUGAAAAAAUGAUUGAUCCUGAAUCAACUGCCGAUUUUGUUGUAUGGCAAACUGGUAAUUGGAUUGCAUUGACAAUACCAAAUGUUAGACCAGAUUUAACUGGAACUUAUAAACUACGUGUUGUUACUCCAUCUGGUGAAUAUUAUACAACAGGUGAUCUGUCAGUGAAUGGACAAAAACUACAAACGAAACCAUAUAUCCCAUCACAAGUAGAAGGACUUAAACCAUUAUUUACCAAGAAACUUCAAGAUUACACCGCUGAAGUGAAUGAAACGGUUAGAUUUAGUGGACGUUUAGUAGCUGAGCCACCUGCCACAAUUAUUUGGAAACAUAAUGGUAUUCAAAUUGAAAACAACAAAAGAAUUGAAAUCUAUAAUGAUAAUAUUAAUCCAUUACUUAUUAUACAGAAUGUAAAAGAUGAAGAUUAUGGUGAAUAUACAUGUUCUGCAUCAAAUGUACUUGGUCAAACUGAAACAAAAGCAGUUUUAUAUAUACAAAGUACUUUAUAUGAACCCAAUAGUUACGAGCAUGAUACAACUGAACCGUACGAGUCUACUGCUAGACCAACACGGUGUUCAGUUUUGCCGUCAAGAGUAAGUAAUAUUGAACUAAUUGAAGUAAACGAUGAUGGUUUCAAGAUUGCCUGGGAUCCACUAAAUGAACAAGUGACAUAUAAUGUGGAAAUUAGUAAUGAUGCAGGUAGAUGGUGGAAACCUGUACUAACCAACUUACACGAAGUUUCAGCUUACAUCUCAAACGACAUUGCGUGUCCUUUGAAUCCUGUACAAGUAAGGAUAGUAGCUGAAAAUGAAUUUGGCCUUGGACCACCUUGUUUCCCGGUACUUCGUUUACCUAUACGAGCAUGUCUUCCUCACAUGCAAGCAGUUAAACCAGAAGUUGAAUCUGAAGAAGCAACGGCUAUUAAAAUUCGAUGGUGUCCAGCAGUGCCUGCACUUACACCAAACCAACUGCACAAGAAUGUUAUGUUAAAUCCAUCGCAAUUACUUGGUAAAGUAACUUACGCAGUUGAGAUUAGGGAAGGAUCUCAAUCAGAAUGGUGUAGAGUGGCAAGUGAUAUACCUUUUCGAUCCUACACUUGUCACUUACGACCUGGCAUCAGCUCUGCUAUACGUAUUGUUGCGAAAAAUAGAUAUGGCGAGUCCUGUCCCACUCCAAUGGCAAUAGUCCAACUCGAUCCUAAUUCAUUAGUUCCGGAUUUAUCACUAGAUCCUCCAUGGAUAGCAAUAAGCCACCCAGGAGAUAACAUGACAGUAAAGAAAAGUAAUAUUCGACUCCUAUGGAAACCUGCAUACAUGCCAGAGUUCUGUACCAGUUGUAUAAAAGGACUAAAACCUUUGUAUCGAGUUGAAUGGAGGCGUGGAUUAUCUGGACAUUGGGUUGAUUUGGCUUGUGGCAUUAGUGAAUGUGAGACGGGUUAUCCUCUCCCAAGAGAUCUUGUAGAAUCCGUGAUUAGAGACACUCAUAUGGGAAAUGACUUGUCUUUUAACACUGCCAAUUCUAAUAGUUCCAUUGAAUUUCGGAUAUUUUCUUACAAUGAUUUCGGUGAAAGUGGUCCGACUAAAAGCUACAGAUUGAAAGCAUCUCAGAUAUCUAGAGGUCAAGACUGUCGAAAAAAUAGUCAGAUAUCAGAUAAAAUAAAUGACAGGGAUCAAUACGACCACCUAAGUCUUUUGGAUAAGCUGCCGAUUAUUUCAUCCAGUAAGAUACCAAGACGAGAGGUUCAAAUGAUGUCAGUCGAUCCCAAACUGGGUGUCACGCUCAAGUGGGAUCGUUGUACAAGUUCAGAUAUAAAUAAAAGUUCUGAUGAUCACUAUAACUUACAUGGUCGCUAUCGAAUUCAACGUAAAACUUCAAAUGACGCUGACAGUAAUUCCUCACCUGAUAUGUCUAACUGGACAGUAGUUUGUAGAGAAGACGAUCUAAUUCAUGGUGAACAAUAUGUUCUUGAUGUGAAACCGGGUAAAAUAGAACAGUUUGUUAGGAUUCUUAGUUUACAAGAAGAUAAAGAAGGCAAUUUAAAUUGGUUGGAUACCCAUGAAAUUCUUCGUAUACCAGCGUUACAUGAAAUCUGCCCUCCAGCACCAUUAGAUAUAGAGGUAAAAUUGACACCCCCAGUUGAAACAUCAGGUUCCGCAGGAGUUCGUGUCACCUGGAAACCUCCCAACUUUGAACUUCCAUUGAACGACAAUUAUUUAAGACAGAUUAAAAAUCAUGCUCAAAUCGACUAUAGAAUAGAAGCUCGUACAACAUUGAGUGACUUAGCACCUUGGAGACAGAUUGGUAUUGUAUCUGGGUUAUUAGGCAGUAUAGAUGACCAUAAAGCUGAACCCGGUUCACAACUUAUUUAUCGAAUAACACCUAUUAACCAAUUUGGUGAAGGUCCAAGUUCAAGUUCUUAUCCAAUCAAACUUCCACUUUUGUUAACAACUUUAGAAAGAUGUAUUGAAGAUUUUCGUUUUCUAAUACUUGGAUCAAAUACAAUUCAGUUGCGUUGGCGUUUAGGUGAUACAGUGAUUGAUGCAUUAGGAUUUCGGAGAAAUCCAAAUCAGUCAUACAAUAUGACAAGUCAUUUAGAUACAGAUGAAUCAGCUGAAAUAUGUGAACGUGUAAAAUUUUCAAUUGAAAGACGAGAUGGUUAUGCUGGUGAUUGGUAUCCUAUUAGAGAACAAAUCAAUGGAAAUCUUCAUAACAAAAUUAUACUAUCAAAUUUUGAAUAUUUAGAUAAAGAAAUUGCUUGUAGAAUAAUUGCAAAUGUGGAUGGUCAACAAACUAAACCUAGUCGACCUAUCAAUAUUAGUAUUAAGACAGACUUCUUAGUUCCAGAUUUCUCAGCUUUUAAACCACAUUUCAACGUUACAUCAGUUGAGGAAUAUUUGAUAUCAUGGGACGAUCCUGAUAUACAAUCAUUGUAUACAAGUCAUAUUUUGAAUUUAUCAAUACCACAAGUGUUACAAAAAGAUACUACUUAUGCAAUUCAAAUUCAACGUGAAGGUUCAAUUGAAUGGACAACAAUAGCUUCUAAUCUAGAUACAAACCAAUGGACAUGGAUCCAACCAAAUCCAUUGAUUGGUUAUCAUGUUCGUAUUCUACCGUCGAAUCAAUUCGGUUUUGGACAUCCAACUAGAAAUGUGUUAAUACCACCACAAGUUAUUAUCCCUGAUCUAACAUUUAUGCGACCAUCUGUUGAGUCACCGUCAGAUAUUUUAAUUGGUAGAGUUGCGCCAGAACUUGUAUGGCAAAUACCAAAAUCGUAUACUUUAGACAGGACAUUUACUCCAUACACAUUUGAAGUACAAAUUAAAGCUGUAGAGAAGUCAAUAAAUCGUGAAACUAAUGAUGUGGGCAAGAACUCUGAAAAAUCUAAAAGCACAAACAAUGAAAACAUAUGGAGAGUUCUUGCAUCUGGUUUAAAACGUAACCGUUUAUCACUGGAACAUUUAAAUCCCGAACAAGAAUAUUGGUUACGUAUAGUUGCUGUUACCGAAUAUGGUCGUGGUACACCAAGUCAACCUGUACGAAAAUUGGCUGAUUUAACUGCAAAACAUAGCCGAUGUGCAUCAGCAUCCGUUGGAGUGAUACAUGAGCCUACACCUACUUCACCAUCAUUUACUGAACCAGAAACAAAUGUGAUUUAUGCACCAAUUUAUGGCCAACUAGAAUUAAAAUGUACAUUUAGUCCUGUUAAUGCUGAAAAUGAAACACGUUUCAAUUGGUAUUUUGAUGGUAAAUUGUUAGAUACAAAUGUAAAUACUAUUUAUCCAACUUUAAAUCAGAAAUUCUAUAAUACAGUAUCCAAGUCUGGAGAUACAGCUGUAUUACAUUUGAAUGGGUUAAGUGAAAAUGAUUUUGGUUCAUACAUCUGUAAAGCAGUGCAUAUAUUGGGUACUAGUGAAAAAGAAUUUAUUGUAAAGAUGGCAGAUGCUCCUGUAUUUUUAGAAGUUCCUACUCCAUUGUUGACUGUGAAGUUACAUUCACGUUUUGAAUUGCCUUGUUACAUUGAUGCGUUACCACCUCCAACGAUAAUUUGGACUAGAGAUUCAAAAAGAAUUGUUGAAUCACAUCGUACAAAAAUUGGUAAAGCUGAAAAACAAUCAAUCAAUAAAACGCCUCGUAUGUCAAACUGUGAAUUUAGUACAGAUGCAACGUUAUCAGUAGAAAAAUGUAUUUAUCAAGAUUCAGGCUUGUAUACGUUAACAGCUGAAAAUAUAGCUGGUCGAAUAAUGACUAGUUGUUUGAUUCAUGUUGAAGAAAAUCCAACACCGACUAAAAUAACUUUGAGAUGGACAAAUAUUGAAAAGCAUUAUUUUGUAUUGAGACGACUUGAAAGUGAUUCAUUUUCAGAAACUCACCUAUUAAUUGACAAAAAAACAAAUCGUGAAUAUAUUGGGAAAUUAUUUAAAUUAAAUAAUCCAAUCAGUCGUAUAAAUGGUGCACGUGAAAUGGAAUGUUUAACACGUUUAUGUCAUAAAAAUGUUUUGCAAUUAAUAAAUGCAUUUAUCAGUGAUAAUGUUCUUAUUUUAGUUUAUGAAAAAUUGUCCGGUUCAAAUCUACUUGAUUCAGUUCUGGCAUGUGAAAAUUGGUCAGAAAUGGGAACAGCAGCUGUUAUUCGUUCAAUACUGGAAGCAUUGGAGCAUAUUCAUAAUCAAGGAGUAGUUCAUUAUGAUAUUCAACCUGAAAAUCUACUUUUUGUAAAGAAAACAAUCGAUAACUAUGAUUGUGGAAAUUCAUCGGACAAUCCUGAUUUACUACGGGCUCUUGCUUCUCUAGUAACUGAUGUAGUGAGUCAAACAGAUCGUCAUAAAAUGAAUGUUUUCAGUAAUUUGCUCAAAGUUACAGGAUUUUCUACAGCACAAACGUAUAAUACUAAUUCCCAAAAUUGUGUAACAUGUGUACCUCCAUUACGGUACAGGCCGGAAUAUGUUUCUCCAGAAAUUUUAUUACUAAUACAACAAACUAAUGGAACAGUUCCUGGAACUAUUCACACAUAUUCUGAAAAUUUAGGUCCACCUUCAGAUAUAUGGAGUCUCGGAGUAUUAACGUAUAUCCUACUUGUCGGUUGGCCUCCUUUUAUUGAUUAUGAGACAGGUAGUAUUCUAACUGACAAUAUACUACAAGCUAUUAUUCCAUUCGAUGUACCAGAAUUGGAAAAUAUUUCAAAUGAAGGCAAAGAUUUUAUUUCACAACUUUUACAAGCUGACCCUACAAAAAGACCUUCAGCUAAAGAAUGUUUAUCUCAUCCAUGGAUUCAAAUAUUUUCACAUUCUGAAAAUAAAUCAGAAUAUAUACUAAAAAAAUUGAAGAAAUAUAAAGAGUUCUAUAAUUCAAUACAACCAGUUUACAUUAUCAGUGAUGAGAAAAAUUAUAAUUCUGAUUUGAAAAAUCAUUUAGCUUCUAUGAUAAGGCAGCCAACUCCAAGUGAAGAUACAGAAAGUGUACUUUCUUCGCGAUCAUCAUCAAUUCUUGGUUUACGAGAAAGUUCCGAGCCAUACAGUGAAUCUCAAUCACAACUGCUUGAUCGAUAUGAGGCACAUGAUUUUAUUGAUGAAAGAUUUAUAAUUCCACCAAACACCAAUAUUCCUACUGCAGACGAUGCGUCGGAAAUAAUUGAGCAGAAAUUCAAUUUACAAAGACAAAAUACUCUUACAGAAGCUACUUCCUUAGAAGAAUCAACUUAUACAUUAAUAAAAGAACAAGAAAAAUCAUCAGUGAAUCCUGAUCAAGAAAAUCAACCCACUUCAAUAAAACGUAAUGAGAUUGGAAAUAAAUUUAGUGCUCCAGUGUUUGCUAGUCUACUUCGAGAUGCAUAUUUCAGCGUCCAUACAAGAGAAGUGAGAUUUACUUGUCAACUUGCUAGUGCUCCCUACCUUCCAGAGGGUAUUAGUGAUUAUGAAGAAAUUAUCAGUGAAAUAUAUCCAACCGGCUUGAAUUUUAAUAAAAUCACUAGUUCUUCGGCUGCUGCCGCAUGGUACUUAGAUGGUUGUUUACUCUCCGAUGGCCCAGGUGUUAGUUUAGGUGUAGAACAAGGAGGAUGGUUAUGGCUUUGUUUAAGUGAUCUUCGUCCGGAACAAGAUCGCAGUGUUAUUGAAUGCGUGGUAAGAAAUCGUGCUGGAAAAUCAAGAACAAAAGCACGACUUUUAUUUAGUGAUAUGCCGAAACCCCCUGGUCGACCAGGUCUUAUCGAUAUUCGUCCUACAGAAGCAUUGAUUAGUUGGCUAUCUUCAACAUCAGAUUCGAAUGAAGAUCUGAUUUAUCGCCUUGAUAUCAAAUAUUCAGAACGUGAUAAUGAACCACCUUCAUGGCAUCGACUUGGGUUCACCGUAGAUUGUCGUUAUCUUAUUAAUAAUCUUAAACCUGGUGUAUAUUAUCGCGUCCGUGUAUCCGCCAGAAAUUCAUUCGGUUGGGGCAAUUACAGCAUUGCAUCUUCUGAUUUCCGUACUCCUAUUGUUUCUAUGGAUCAGUCACCAACUAUUCUAUCGCCCAAUGAACGAACAUGGAUCUUCAACUGGCGUCAAUCAGCAAAUAUCUACGCAUUAAGCGAUCAUCCAAUAGCUUUACAAUAUGCAAUUGAUCAGCCAAUCAGUGUACCUCCACCACCAGACAAAAUUUUACAGAAACUCAAUCGAUAUAAUGGGAUAAUUCCAAGUUUAGAUGUAUUGAAAUCCAUAUGUAGACCAAUUUGUUUGAUAAAUAAAGGAACAUAUACAAAACUUAUUCUUGGAAAAACUCAUCCAAUGCUAAGUGAAGGAGUGAAUUUCAAUAAUGUUCGACAUCAAAGCAUAUCUCUCCCACCUAGAUUACUAAGUAAAAUCACAUAUCUUAACUUAGAAGAUAAUAAUCUAUUGAAAAAAGCCCGUCGUGAAGCAUUAAUGCUUACUAUUCUUCAUGGAUCUUGUGGUGGAACAUAUUCUUCAUUUGAAGAUUUUUAUAGUGAACAACAUAACUCAUAUCUUUAUACUAAUCAACGACAACUAUUACCAUCUGGUUGGUCAACUGGUUGGUUAGAAGAUGAUGCAGUUAAACCGACACGAAGUAUAUCAGUAAUGCGAUGGAUUCCUGGUGGACGUCUUAUUGAUGUUUUGUGCGGCCGAGUAGAAUAUACUGAAUUUUCUGUUAUGAUGUGGAGUCAACAAAUUCUUUCAGCGUUAAAAUGGUUCUACGCAUGCUUUUUAGGACAACCGCAUGGAAAUAUUUGUCCGGAACAUAUACUUGUUGCACGACGGACAUCUUCGCUCCCAGAUAUUGUAUUGACUGGGUUCGGUCAUGAAUCUGUUUUAGAUGAAACCAACAACUACUUUUCAGCUCCCGAGUUAUGCAAGAAUCAGUCGAAAUCAAUGGCUUCAGAUUUGUGGAGUGUGGGAGCUGUCAUGAGACUAUUACUAACAGGUGAAAGUCCAAAUGAAAUUGAUGUUCAAAGAAAAAAUUCGACAUCUGAUGAAUCAAUAAAACAGCAAUAUGAUAAAACCAAGAUUAAACAAUCUAAUGAAUUGUCAUCUACAAUUAAUUCAGAAAAUACUUUACGAAAUCAUUUAAAUAUUAAAAAAUUGAAAAGGUUUUCCAAACCUGCAAGAAAAUUUAUAUACAAUUGUCUUAAUCCUUCACCAAGGAAACGUGGAACAGUUGAUUUUUGGCUUAAUUCUCAUUGGUUCAAUUUCAAUGCUGACAAUGUGAACAAUUUAACUUCAGUGAUCAUUCCCACAAAUUUACUAAGAUCAUGCAAACUUGUUCUAGAUCAAAAAACAAAUGUUGACGAAACAGAAGAACUACAGUUUCCUUGA